CUGAACAAGCACAAUGAGUUUCAACAAGCUCAAUACGGAAGGCGUCAUGCUUUUUGAGCAGCCGUUCGCUCGUGUGCCAUACGAGAACUACCGCAAGGUGUUCCGCACAUCGCAAAAGAACAUCGAGAAGGAACUGGGCGCCGUGCAGAAUGCGGCAAAUGACCUUGCCAAGAAAGACUACGGAUCGGAUGCUGACGCAACGGUCAAGGCCAUAGACGGCAUGAUCGCUCGCGUGGAAGGCUUGAAGCGCAAGCUCUCUGACAUGCAGGAAUCGGCGGGUACCCCAACCCUGAACGUGAUGCGUGAGCGGCUCCAGCACUUGGCCACUGUGGAGGACACCGAGUCUUCCACGGCUCCCGAGUUCACACGAUGGGCAGAUGUGCGCCUCGACCGAUGGCUUGUGGACUGGUGUCUACGGAACGGUAAGGAGAAGACAGCAAGGAUGAUUGCUGCCCAAAAUGGCAUAGAGAAACUGGUGGACAUAGACCUCUUCUCCGAUAUCCGCAGGAUCGAGGAUGCUUUGAACCGGAAAAGCUGUACGGAAGCUCUCGCUUGGUGUAGUGAGAACAAGGCUGCGCUUCGGAAGCUCAAGAACACUUUGGAGUUCGACCUCCGAUUGCAGGAAUACAUCGAGCUCGCACGAGCCCGCAAGACGGUCGAAGCCAUCGCCUACUCCAAGAAGCACUUGCUACCCUGGAAUGACACACAUCACCAUCAGAUAGUACAGGCAGCCGCACUACUGUGUUAUCCUCCGACUACAUCGUGCGGUCCAUACAAGCGCCUAUACGAUCCUGGCCGAUGGACGACCCUCAUCCAGUCAUUCCGUUUGGCGAUCUACCACCUCAGUACCCUCCCGACCGAGCCGCUGCUCCACCUCGCGAUGUACGCGGGGCUGGCGUCCCUGAAACUACCGGCAUGCUACGGACACGAGACGCGGAACGUCGACUGCCCCACCUGUAAUCCGGACCUCGGUCAGCUCGCGAAGGAGGUCCCCUUCAGCCACCACGUCAAUUCCACGAUAGUCUGCCGCCUCACAGGCAGGAUCAUGGACGAAGACAACAUGCCGAUGGCGUUUGAGAACGGCCAGGUGUAUUCGAAGGAGGGGUUGGAAGAAAUGGCCGCGCGGAAUGACGGCUUUGUCACCGACCCCCGCGACGCUGAGGAGCAUUGCUCAUUCAGCAAGUUGCGCAAGGUGUUUAUCUCUUAACGGCUAAGAUGGGAUUGUGCAUUAUGUACCACUACUCCUUUUGCAUUUAUUGCAAUGUUGUAUGAUUACCGGAUUCCUUCACAUGUUCAGCGCUCACGUCUGCAUAUCCCUGGGUAGAGUGGCGCAGACUGACG